UGGAAUUUAAAGCCUCCUCAGCCUUCCGAAUCAGCCUGAGAAGGACAGGCAGAACUGCUGUAUGGGCUCUGUUGCCAGAGCAACGCACCCUCACCAGUCCCACCUCCUUAGUGCCAGCUAUGAGUUCCUGCAACUUCACACAUGCCACCUUUGUGCUUAUUGGUAUCCCAGGACUGGAGGAAGCCCAUUUCUGGAUCGGCUUCCCUCUCCUUUCAAUGUACGCCGUGGCAGUGUUUGGAAACUGCAUCGUGGUCUUCAUCGUUAGAACAGAGCGCAGCCUACACGCUCCUAUGUACCUCUUCCUCUGUAUGCUGGCAGCCAUUGAUCUGGCCUUAUCCACAUCCACCAUGCCCAAAAUCCUUGCCCUUUUCUGGUUUGACUCCCGGGAGAUUAGCUUUGAGGCCUGCAUUGCCCAGAUGUUCUUUAUUCAUGCCCUCUCCGCCAUUGAAUCCACCAUCCUCCUGGCCAUGGCCUUUGACCGUUAUGUGGCCAUUUGCCACCCACUGCGCCAUGCUGCAGUGCUCAACAAUACAGUAACAGCCCAGAUUGGCAUGGUGGCCCUGGUCCGUGGGUCCCUCUUCUUUUUCCCACUGCCUCUGCUCAUCAAGCGGUUGGCCUUCUGCCACUCUAACGUGCUCUCACACUCCUACUGUCUGCACCAGGAUGUGAUGAAGUUGGCCCAUGCAGACACAUUGCCCAAUGUGGUCUACGGUCUUACUGCCAUUCUUCUGGUUAUGGGCGUGGAUGUCAUGUUCAUCUCCUUGUCCUAUUUUCUUAUAAUACGAACAGUUCUUCAACUGCCUUCCAAGGCAGAGAGGGCCAGGGCUUUUGGGACCUGUGUGUCACACAUCGGAGUGGUACUGGCCUUCUACGUGCCACUCAUUGGCCUCUCAGUGGUGCACCGUUUUGGAAACAGCCUUGAUCCCAUUGUGCACAUUGUCAUGGGUGAUAUCUACCUGCUGCUGCCUCCUGUGAUCAACCCCAUCAUCUACGGUGCCAAGACCAAACAGAUCAGAACACGGGUGCUGGCUUUGUUCAAGAUCAGCUGUGACAAGGACCUUCAGGCUGUGGAAGGCAAGUGA